UGUAAUUGAAUUCGGUUGCAGUCGUGGCUUGUAGAAGUAUGCACCACACCGACACCGCAUGCAGCUGUUGAAUACUGUGAAAUUAUGCUGGCGGCAUAUGGUCAACUAUAACUCUUGAGCGUUAAUUAAAGUAUAUGCCCUAUAAUUUACACACAUGGAGUGCGACCUGUUGCCUUGGAUCGUUUUGCAGGUUAGUGUUGUGGAAAAACGGAUCGUCAACAGGAAGAAACAGCUCCGUUAAACCAUACGUGUGCUGAUGAACGCAAUAUACAACCACCAUGUCGAGAUUAUGUCACGUCAGCUUGCCAUUACUCGUGUACAAAGUGUUUAACUUUACCUUUUGGGGUUCACUAGGGUGCUUUCUGUUGUAUAUCCCGCUCUACUUCAAGCAGAUCGGUUUCUCUGCUAGCGAAAUCGGUCUGGUCAGUUCUGUCCGACCUUUCUUCGGGUUCCUUUUCCUGCCGUUUAUCGCCGCGGCAGCGGACCGGUUCCGACGCCGUAAGGCAGUGCUGGUUGCCAGCGUCAUACUGACUACAGGGAUAUUGGCGUCAUUUAUAGUGUUCCCGCGCGCAUCUCAGGUCCCCUGUGAUGUGAUGGAGGACCAGAUACGCGAAAUUCUUCACCUCAAUAUCAGCCUCCCUUACCAAGAGGGCCAAUCAUCUUACUACUUCCCGGCAGACGCGGACACUGUCCUAUCGCCGACACCUUCGGUUUUGAAACGGAACAUCGGUGGUGAAGGUAUUCCCCGCCAUUUGGCUUCUUCGUUCUCGUCCAAAGCCCAGCAGACAUCGAGAAACGACAGCACGGUCGAGUCCAGCCAGUUUCCCCGGGCAACCCAAGAGAUUCUGCUGGCCAACCAAGGCUGGCUGUAUGACCAGGCAGAACUCCGAGUGUUAUUCGUGGUGAUUCUGAUCGUCUCCAGCUUCAUCGAGGUGGUGGUAUUUAGUUCCGCUUGCCAGUUGGAUAACGCCACGCUAGACGCCCUACGACGGGAACACGGGAACGUGGAUCAGUACGGAUUUAACCGGGGAUUUGGAACUCUGGGUUGGGGAGCUUGUUCCCUCGCUACUGGAUUCCUACUCAACUCAACCCGAACGGUAGAGGUCAGUUGCGGCAUUGAACACACAAUCACCUCCUACUGGGCUUCUUUCGUAUCGGCUGUUGGCUUAAGCGUGUGUGCGUUGGUCUGUGUCGCCUACAUGAAGUUUUCGUACGAGGGUAUUAAGACAGACGGGGCGGGCUCAUCAUGGGGAGCGGUCAAGGCGGUGCUGUUCAGCUGGCAUUACGGCUCCGUCUUGAUCAUGCUGAUAUUCCUUGGGAUCUGUAAUGGCGCCGUCUGGGGUUUUCUCUUUUGGCAUUUGGAGAAUCUAGGUGCCACGCAAGGUCUGUUGGGGGUUCUGACUGCUGUGGAAUGCGUCUCUGAGUUCAGCUCUGGAUUGCUGAGUGGUUGGGCCAUCCCCAAAGUUGGCCACAUGCCACUGUUGAGUCUAGGAUUGUUUCUCUACAUAGUCCGGUUUUGUUCCUACUACCUGAUCAGAGUGCCCUGGGUAACAUUCUUCGUCGAGCCGCUUCAAGGAAUGUGCUUCAUCAUGACGUGGACGACCAGCGUAUCCUACAUGACCGAGGCGAUUCCGCCGGAGAACACCGGCACAAUGCAAGGAAUCCUCAUCUCCGCGCACCAUGGCCUCGGAAACGGGCUGGGAUACUUCCUAACGGGGCUGCUGAUUACCCGAUUCGGGGCUCCGUGGACGUUCAUUAUUUAUGCAGUAUCAUGCACCGUGGUUCUCUUCAUAUUCCUAUCCGUCCAGUGGUUUUCACAGGUGCCACCCUUGCCAUGGAAACCCGACGAACCUGUUAAAUCACACACUGGGGAAGGCAGGGAACCAGACCCAGAGGAAAUGCUGCAGACACAGUCACUUCUUGAUUCACCCAAAGCAACAAAAUCAGGGAAAUUCAGCCUCAAACUGCCAGAAUUUACUCUUACAACCAAAACCGUCAGCCAGCAAGAUCCAUGGUAACACAAUAAGAGAAAAUUGGCGGGGACGGGCCAUGGUGACCGUUUCAGCUGAUUUUUGACUAGAUAUGACAGAUUUUUUUGGGCAAUCUAGCAGAAUUUCUGGUAGAAUAGAAAUUUUAGCAGAUUUCUAGCAGAUUUCUGUAAAAUUGGUGAUCCUAGCAGAAAACUAUAGCAGAUUUGUUUUGAACAAGCUUCAUUCACUUAAAACAAACCCUUGAACAGCGAGAAUAGAUAGGCCAGUCUAAGCAGUGAGGUUCCCUGACUUGUACGACUACACAGAAAAGUAUAGACAUUGCCAGGCUAGACACGCACCAAGUUUCUUUAUAAUUUUUAAUUUAUUUCAUGAUUUGUUUAUGUUUAAAGGACAUUUUAUAACAUCUCCAUGUGAGUAUAAGUUUACGUGUUCUACAUAACCCUCGAGGACCAGCACACAAAGGGAGAACAACAGAUCCUUUCAGUCCUCGGGAGUUGGGUCUUUUGUUGGAAACGGUCCUCUGUAGUAAAUUUGUGUGCUUAGUCUAUGGUAGAGUGUUAUAUUACAGGGACAAAGGAAACACAAGGCAUUGUCGGGAGUACAGCAAAACAAAAGCGUGUGUUAAUAAUGUGUUUCGUGUAAUUCUGGGUGAUUUUGCUAAACCGAGCAGAUUUUUGAAAUGCAUACUAGCAGAAUUGUGCCAUUUCCAUACAGUCACACUGGGACGGGCUGAUGUCACCCAAAUCUAUUCAUCAGUGUUCCUCGGUUGCUAUGUGUUGCCAUUCAGCACUCCGGACUCAAGAACCAUUGAGUUUCAAGAACAUAGGUCUGGGAGCUAGAUAAGCCCGUGAAAAAUUUCCCGGAUGUCUGCGCCCACUUACAGAGCACUGGCGCCACAACAAUGUACAAUAAUACUAAACAAGAAAGUGGAAAGUAAAGGCUUAGAUCUAACCUAGAAAAUCACGAUUUCACUCUGAAUUAUUUGGAGGAAUUUGAGAAGUACAUUUCUUGAUUUACUUGGGGAUUAGGGGUGGGGGUGGUGGUUUCUAAGCCCACAGGUUUUCUUUGACUGUUACAUCCCCUGGAAACACAAGCACCGACAGCCAGUAACUUUGUGUGGGAUUCAGAUGUUUACCUUUCUAUUAAAUCAAACCAUAGAUAUUAAUUUUAUUCUAAUUCAAAAUUAUACAUAGUUCUACUAAUUCUAUUUCCAUGGGGAAUAUUUUCCGCGUAACAGAAAGUGUUGUAUUAAUUUAAUGGGACAUUGUGGGAUAUUUAUAUAACAUGUGUGUACUUAGAGAAACUACUAAAUUAUUUUUUAAUUGGUAUAUUUUUUCAGAAAAUGUAUUAAACUUUCACCGUGCUUUAUGUACAUUAAAAUAUAGUACACCUGGUUUUUCUACGAGUGUUCAUCCAUGCUUCAAUUGAACAAGACUGAAUAUAACAAUUUAGAAAU